AUGUCCUGGAACUCCCCGCCUAACGGACGUCACCCGCAUCAAAAAGAGUGGGAGAAAACAACAGAAGACAAAGAGCAGCACCCUGGCAGGAGCAACUCUCCAUCUCAAACCGAAUCACAAUUGCAUUAUUCUGAGCAUCACGUAAACCCAAUUCAUCCCCACCAGUCCCAAGCCCAACACCCACUUCCUCCCCAUUCGCAUCACUCACAGCACCAUCACCCCCACCCCCACCCUCCUCCACCUGCCCAAACUCCUCAUCUCCCUCCCAUACAGCAGGAACGCCUCGCAAUUGAGCAGCCCGAAAUGUAUGCAGCCUCUGAGCCACCGUAUCCGUACCGCAUUCCACCCCACCAGUUGCCUGGCUUCCAACAACCGGCCAAUUUCCAGCAACCUGCCCCCAGACAACGAACCGCAAUUGCUUGCAGGUACUGUCGGCGACGCAAGAUUCGAUGCUCAGGAUUCGAGUCUUCUCCAGAUGGACGAUGCGCCAAUUGCCUCAGGUUCAACCAGGAGUGUGUUUUCACACCAGUAUCAUCGCAAACGCAAGCGUUCGUUCCCGCCCAUGCGCUAUAUAAUACUACUCGUAGUGUUGGAGGACGGGCUGGUCCUUUGUACGGAGCCCAUGGCCAGCCCCUCUCUUCUGGCUAUAUUCCGAUGCCUUCGCAGGCGCCUGCGCCAUCGGCGCAAUCCCCCAUGGAAUCCCGCGCACCCCAACAAUAUCCCCGACCCCCAAGUCCUGGAGUUGGGUCUGGUCGACAACCGCCUCCACCUCCGGCACAACCACCUUAUGGAAGCUACGAGGAGCUAGUGACCUGUGAACCAGAGAGAAAUAGGAGCCAAGAGCCGCACCCGCCGCUUUUGCCCCCUCCGGUGCCCGGUAAUCAGCCGCAACCGCACCAUCUGCAGAGGAGAAGUUCAGCAAGUGAAUAUCAAAGUCACUAUGCGCGCAACGACCCUCCCUCCCCUUCGUCCCAUCUUCUACAUGCGCAGCAUGCAUAUUCUCCUCCGCCGGUUUCUGGGCCGCCAUCCUCGUCAUUUCAAGCUUCUAGCUAUGGUCAGGGCCCACCACUGUCGGCAGCGAGUAAUUAUUACCCGCCGGGCCCUGGCGCAAGCCAGCAGCGAACAAGGUCACCUGUGGGAUUUCGUCCGCCGGAUCGCUCAAGCGGAUCGCCACAUCCGUUUCAUCCUCCUAUGCAGUAUCCUCCGCCUCCGAGGCCGACCUCGUCAGGCCCGAGCCCAUCCAGCCCCAAUACGCAUCCGAUUCCCUCCAUGCAGAUGGCGAAUCUGAUUGAUCCGAGUCAGCCCCAUGGCCAGGGAAGAAAUCAGCGGACUGCUGCGGAUGGAGAUAUGCUAGAUCGUCUUAUGCCGAGGUCAGGGCUUUGAUCUGUACGAGUACAAACAAAGCCUGAGUUGGGGUUGAUGUGUAUUUCCUCUAGGCUCUAUUUUUGUGGGGAUCAACGACAAAUUUCUCGAACGUACAAAUUGAAUCACGAAGCGGCUUUAGUCUCAGUUCGGUGAUUUGCAUUGGCUUUUUCCGAUUCUCUUUCUUUGCAAAUUGAUUCUGGUUUGGUGGAAUUUGAAACUUUUUCAUGAUGUCAUUGGGAUUUUUUGCUGCAAAGGAUGAAGUGCCUGAUGCCUCACGAAAAACAAAAAAACGCAACCAUGCCUUAUUUUUUCCUCAUCGCAUUUGGAGUUUUUUCUUCUUUCUUGCCUUGAUGUCCCAGUCCUAGGUUAUUUUUUAUCUUUUAUUGCGCGGUUUUCAUACCAGUCGUUUCAUGGGUGGAAGAUUUUUUUUUUUUAACUCUUGUUUUAUCAUUAUUUACUGCUAUCCGGCGGCUUUUUGUUGUCUUUUCCUAUCGUCGCCUUUGGCUGGCUUUGCCGGUUUGCAUAUCCCUUAGGGAGGAGGACUCCGGUAUAUAUAUAGAACGAGAUCAUGGUCAUCAGGUUAUUUUCUUUUGAAGGACGGCAUUAGUUGUGUUGAUGGCGAAAAUGUUCUUUUAUCCCUUUUCUCAAACCCCCCUUUUUUUUUUUUUUGAGCAUUUUGGGGUUGCCUCUUUUUGUUGUCAAACCAUUUUUGUUCCACCUUCCCUCGAUUAACUGUUAAAUCAUGGCAAAACAGUCGUUUCUCGAAUUUUUCUGGCAUGUUUUAAUAAGCCUGUUCAUACCUUCUCUAGAUGUUCUAGAUGUUUAUAGCUGUCACUCGUUUAUACCCCCCCCCCCCACCGCUCUCUUCCUCACACAAAAACAAAAAAAAAACAUCACACUCUUUUG